UGUAUGGGGCACAGGUCUUCUUCGGCAUCCUUUGUCGUAUUCACAUUCAAGCGAGCCGUUCCUUCAGCCCCUGUUUUUGUGCUCGUUUCGCCGAUUCGGGUAUAUACGGACGAAAAGAUUUCACGGAAUAAAUUUUCGAUCGAGAAGAUCGCGGAAUUUUUCAUUGAAAAUAUUUCUUGUUUAUCGUCUUGAAUCGUGCAAUAUUUUUCCUUUUAAACUGCAAGACCGCCUCGAUGGAAUAUGUGCAUCGACGAUGUCAACAAAGGAGACACUGUUAACGAACGCGGACUGAAAUAUAAACUUGACUGAACGUCUCGUGACAGUCACGUGUGGCAUGUUUUAUGGAUUUCGUGCGGAUGAAAAUGUUUUGGAAGCACGAGUACGAUUUCUGCGAACGCUUUAUACAACCGGGAACCGUGCGAUUUCUCGCCGACCAAGCACAAAGAUUCUAAUCUCUUUAUAACCUGUUAUUUUUAAUACGAUACGAACUUAAAAAUCGCUGACCGUGAGUGUGUUUAGCAUUUUGUGUUUCUUUGAUCGUGCCGUUGGAAAUAAACUUCAAACUGUUCUAUGAAAAUAAAGUGCAACCUAUCUUAUCAAUUAUCUACUCGAGCAUGAGACAUGUUACGUUUCACCUGUCCAUUGAAAUAUUUAAUCGUAAACAAAACGAAGACACGUGUGCUGCGUUUUCAAAAGUGUACAAAGAAUGCUCUUUCCGUCAGUAUUUGGACGCAGUCGCUACGAAACGUAUAGUUCCUAUUAAAUGGAUAAAAUAUUUUCAUGUGUGAACCAUCGUGAUUUUUUUGUGACGGGUGUCGAAAAUAAUUUAAAUCCGAAAUUGUGCGGGUUAAAACUCGAAACUAACGGUUGGAGUUAACGCGGAACGAAGAACAGUUGGAUUCUGUGAAAAGAGGUUAUGUUUGCAACGCGUGAACGUUGAAAGUGGCGCAUAAACAAGUGGUUGUCCUGGAGACAUGUAAAAUAUACGAAGUAAAGGAUAAAUAGGAGUUUCGAAUGAAGGAAACGCAUUGAUAUAUCGCCAAGGGGAAUCAAGGUUUGGAUUAACCAUGUCUACUAAGAGGCGUCGUGGGCCUAAAUUAAACAUAGAACAUAAAAUAAUACAUGAAGGCCAUAAUAGAUAGGAUGAGUGGAUCUCGACAGAACGAAGCACGUUGCUUCAAUGAAAAUUCUCCACGGCCACCAGUACCUGGAGAGGAAACAGGAAACUACGUCAGCAGGUUCCGUCCACAGAGUCCAACUCUGACCCCUAGGCGUUCUUCUUUUGCAACACCAACAGCUUCAGGUUGCGAUGCUUCGGCACCUUUGGGAUUUGAACCGGAAGGUUGCUGUAGUACGACAACUAUGGAAAGCGAUUCACCACCAGCUUGUUUGCGGUGGGCCAGGAACCUGCAUUCCUUGCUGCAGGAUCCAGUGGGCUUGGAAUUGUUCAGAAAAUACCUGGAUCAAGAAGGCAGACCUCAUGCAAACCCUCUUAACUUCUGGUUUGCCUGUGAGGGUCUCAAGGAACAAGAUGAUCCUGAAAGGAUACAUCAAUUGGUUAAACUUAUCUACAGAAAGUUCUUCCUCAAGUCGCAGUUAGCUAUACCAGAAGAUGUACGAAAGGAGGCUAAUCGCAGGGUUAAAGAAGGGAGGGCAGAUGAAAGAGUAUUCGAUGCUGUACAGUUGGAAGUCGAACGUCUCAUUAAUGAGACUACGUAUCCAAACUUUCUACGAUCUGACAUGUAUCUUCAGUAUGUUCAGUCCUGCCAAAACCCAGAUUCUGGUGGAUGUCCUAGUUCAGGAUCCAGUCGGGAAAUGUCUGUUUCUUGUGGGCCAAGUUUAUUGCCCACUGUCCAUGAAGACAGUGAAUUUGUUAGUUCCAUACAUAGCUCGCAUUCAGCUAGUGAAACGCCUGGGGAAUUGAGGAGUGAGCUGAGAUUGACCAAAGAUAUGCUUAUGGCUACCCAACAAACGAGGGCGAUGGAUCUUCGACCAAAGCCAGAAGCAUAUGCUGGCAUUUACUUGCAACAUGGAACUAGUCCAUAUCAUAUGCUCGCACCCAGACUGCACGCACAAUAUUCCUCAUACAACCCAGUAUCCAGACAGGAUUCAGAACUUCAAAGCUUGAGCAGUGAUGCACGAACUGAAUCAGACAAUAUGUCUCUCACCGAUUCAUCAGUUGAUGGAGUAUCGAUGAAUAAACAACGAAGUAAGAAGCAGUAUAUAAGACAGUGUAGAGCUAUGAAGGAUUCAGCUAGUUUAAACCGUGAUCCACUGGCACACCAUACUAUCAUCCCUCGUACACAGCGAGUACCGCGUGAUCUUAUGCAUCCGUUAAAACCGGAAGAAUUUGCUCAAGUGCUUAUUGAGAAAUUAGAGAACGUCAAACGCGAACGAGAAUCUCAGGAAAAACUUGAUAGGCAUUUGCAAGAAAGCGAUACAAUUAAUAAGGAUGUACCUUUGGAGGUGCCAAGCGGAGCUCCAAAAGCGUUAGCCGAUGCAUUAAGAGAAAAAUUAUUGAUAGAAGAAGAUAACGAUCAAGCGAUUUUAGACCAACAUGUGUCACGAGUUUGGUCAGAUCUGACGCCUUCUAGAUCUCCUGGACUUUCAUCCCCAAGACUGCAUUCGCCUGAAAGAAGACGUUCUACGCACAAUUAUCCACGGCCGUACAAACAGAGGAAAGAGAAGGACGUUUUCUCUACGUUUUCAGCAGAUAGUGGUAAUAUUCACGAUUUUCAAGAAGGCAGCGAUCUUGUCGGAGCUGGCUCCAUGAGUUCACUAGGAUCUCACUUGCCUAAAUCUAAAUCCGUGCCAUCUGAUUACGCCGAUUCCCUCCAUAAGCAAGACCUAUAUCUCCAAGGUCAUGAUCAAAGAUUCCGAAGGUCAGAUAUGACCAGAAGAUCAGCCACAAAGAAAUCUAUGACAGAACUAACCGACAGUGGUGUAAGCGUUGUGAGCGAUGCACCACCGUCAACGAUUAGCAAAGAUAUUCGACUUUUAUCGUGGCUCAAGGAAACUGACAAGAAAGCAGAUGUCAAACAUAGUCGUCAUGGGAAAAAGUAUGGUUCUCGUAGUGGCUCGUUGGAAAGGACGACUAGGGAAACAUGGGGCGUUCCUGCCCAACCCUUUGUUGCUGAUCCAGGAAUGCCACCUUUACCCCAACCUCAUACAGCAACGCAAUUAGAAGAAGCGAGAAGAAGAUUAAUAGAGGAAGAUAGGGCACGUUCGAGUUGUAAACAACGUCAUUCUAAUAUUUCUAAACAGUCAUACGAGCCUACAAUGCAAAGUCAAUCUUAUGUCCAAUCGAAUCAAUCAACGUUAAAAAAGACGAAGCAAGAUAUUGGAGAUUUUACCACCGUUGUGUUCAGUUUCUGUGACGAACAGUUUCCUUAUAGGACUAAAAUUCCUGGUCAUAACGUCACUUUAAAACAAUUUAAAGAAUAUCUUCCUAAGAAAGGCAGCUAUCGAUAUUUCUUUAAAACUGAGUGCGAAGAUUUGGAUACAAAGGUUAUUCAAGAAGAAAUAACCGACGAUUCGGAGGUCUUACCUUUAUGGGAGGGUAAAGUUAUGGCGCAAGUCAAGGCGCUCGAGUGAUAGACUGAAACAAAGAUAUUCUGAAUAAAGAACGUGCUAACUUCGAACAAGUGCCGCAACUAAUUUUAUUUAAGAGGACCAGCAUUCUAUAAGAAGAAAAUCAUAAUAAGGCGAUACUCGGUGUUAGUUUAUUGAAGUUGCUAAAGCGGUUUCUUCCGCUUCGGUUAACCGAGAAAGUGCUUUUAAUCGAUGAAACAAAAAAUCUGUUAAAUAAGCAAAACCAUUAUAUGUUUAUUAAGUAAAAGAGAAGAAAAAAAGGAAACAAAACUAUGUAUGUUUUCAUUUCUCAUUUUGGAAAUUUAUUUUUGUUUUUAACAAAAUGGUUCUUCCAAUAUUCAUUUACAUUUUAUGUCUAUUUUUUCUUUUUAAUGUAUUUGGCAAUGAAAAUUACCAAUGUGGAAUCAUAGGUUGUACAUAAUUUCAAUAUGAUCUUUAUAAGAAGCGUUCCUUUUUCUAGCAAAGGUUUUGCAAAUACAAUCAAAAGAAAUCAA